AUGCGAAACUUUGCAGAUAUACGGCGUCGGUGGGCUUCGCUGUUCAGUACCUCGAUCGGAGUCGACUUGAGACAGGCUGUAAGAGACGGUGAAGGCUUCGAUCCAUGUGAAGAUGGAUUGCGAUCCGUCUCUUGGAAGGUACGAGACGAGCACGGCUCCUCAAAGAUAUCAUAUGCCAACGUCAAUCUGCAGGCUUUCCUUCUUUACGGACCCUUAAGCCAGGGUUCGUGGUCCAAGAAGUUGGCGGAGUCUCGGUCCGCAUACGUCUCUCUACGAGAUCACUUCUUGCGCUUCAUAGAACACCCCAAUGAUCUUCACUCGUCUGCAGAUCCAUUGGCGGACGAUGAAAAUUCUCCCUGGGCAAGUCUGCGGCAGGACGAGAUCAGUAGGGAGGAGAUAUUCCAGGAUGUAACACGAUGCAUGCAGGACAAUUACUUCUUCCGUGAACCCACCACUCAGAAGAGGCUGCUCGACAUCCUCUUCAUUUACGCAAAGCUGAAUCCGGAUAUUGGCUACCGACAAGGCAUGCAUGAGCUGUUGGCGCCUAUCGUCUGGGUUGUCCAGCAAGAUGCCGUGGAUCCAACCACUAUCCCAGAUAGUGACAAAGACGCCGAAGAUAUGGACUUCCUGACGGAGGUGUUAGACGGCAAAUUUGUGGAGCACGACUCAUUCAACUUGUUCUGCGCCUUAAUGCAGACCGCGAAAGCAUUCUACGAAGUUGGUGAGAACCGCGACUCGUCACCCAUCAUUGCAAGAAGUAAAAGAAUCCACGAUGAUAUUCUGAGUACCAUUGAUCCAGAACUGGCCCUCCACUUACAUGUGCUCGGCAUUCUUCCCCAGAUCUAUUCCAUCCGCUGGAUUCGGCUGCUCUUCGGGCGAGAGUUCGAGUUCAAGGAUGUCCUCAGGGUUUGGGAUGUUCUUUUUGCCGAGAACUUGAGAUCUGAUAUCGUCGAUUUGACCUGCGUUGCAAUGCUGUUGAGAUCUCGUUGGUCACUGAUUGAAGCGGACUACACCGCCGCCAUCACCGCACUGACUCAUUAUACUCUGCCCAAUUCCGCUGAGGACCCCCGGUCCCUGGUCAGAGAUGCUGUCUUCUUGGAGAAGAACCGAGACAGCGAAGCGGGCGGAAUAGUCAUCGCGCGAUAUUCUGGCAGGUGGCCGAAGCGAACAGAAGCCCAGAGCAGUAGAAGUUCGUCGGCCAUCAGAGCAACCGGGCCCGCUCAACACCGGCAGUCACCAAGCGCAUCUCCAGGACGGUUCGCUUCGCCGCAGAGACAGCUCGAGGGGCUAUUCCGAGAAGUCACAGGCAAUCUACAAAGACGGACCGAAGGGUGGGAUGUAUCGAAAGCCGUUAGAAGCGCGGUGGGGGAGGUACGACGUAAUAUGAACCACUACCAAUCAUCACACCAGCGGCACUCCAGCCUUGAUACACCUCCGUUAGUCGGUCCGGAGCAGAAACGGCCAGAAGGAGAAGUUGGAGAUCUUACACAGAUUGUGAAACAGAAAAUGGAAUCGCUCCAGGAGAGGAAUGUGGUGCUGAGCAAAAUGCUCGAUGAUGCUUUGGACUCGUUGAGGGCGAUCAAGUUGUCUGCUCCUUCUGGAGUUGGAGAGGCAGAACAGGACCUGAAUAUUUGCCUCGCCAAGAUCCAAUUUGUCUCUGUCUAUCUGUCCAAUCCAGACAUUCCCAUUCCGAAGGAACAAAAGGUCCACGACUCAAAGAGCCCCACGAAAACAAUCGACUCAUCUGCGCACAAGCCAGACGAGGCUGUUAGGGGCGAGCAGGACAAUGAAGAUGGCAUGAAGCCGGGGUCACGAACCCCAGAGCCAUCCCAAGACGCCAGGAGCGGAAAGGGUGGUGGAGUCACAAACAAGGCCUUGCCACGGCCAUCGCUGAUGGAUUCAUCAUUUUCGUUUAUGCUCGGGGAAAAUCGACACCGAUCCAGUUUUGUCAGUUCUGUUGCCGACUUACCAGAACAGAGAAGGGAGAGCGAGUCCAAAACCAGACUUAACAAAAGGGCAGCUGAGACCAAAACGCAGCAGGAGCGUGGGGAUUCAGGGAGCGAGGAUGAAGGCUUUACCUUGACUAAGAUCCAAGGACAGGCUGAGUGGAAGAGCGAACGCUAA